AUGGCAUCAAACUUUCUCUCUGCAAAUAUUCACCUUUUGAAAGGCGUGAAACCAUUCAAGGAAAGAAUGAAAGGUCAAGAAGACCCUCCAGUCAUUCAGCAGAGUAACUAUUUAAAAACGUUCAUGCUGAAAAUCCUGCAUGAUAACUUGCACGAGGCCUAUUUGGAGUACGGCGAUAUUGUACCUGGCCCUGCCCCUCCAACAACAAGAAUGGCAACGAGCCAUCCCCCCGUAAUUGAAUAUGACGUGAUUAUUGUUGGCGCUGGCGGAGCGAUGAGAUUUCCCAAAGACGUUGGCUCAUCAAAAGCUAAAACGCAUUUUAUGACAGAUGGAUACAUAACGAAAUUUAAUUUAGAGAUGAAAGAGUUCCCAAAUUACGAUGAAAAAGGCCUUUCCUUAAUUUACGGACUGAAGGAGCAAACAAACCUUUGGGAAGAGAACCAUUUUGCAACCGUUUGGCCAGAUUGGAAGAAAGGGAUUAGUGGUGUCGACGUAAAGGAUAUAGGUGAUUAUUAUUCAAAAACAACCAAGGUUGUCACAGAUCAAUUGAUUGCUUGGUUGAAAAAUACGACCACUAUAGAAGAAGAAAUUAAAGUGUGGGAACGCUGGAUCAACAUUUGGAGCCAGUUUACAUUGGAAAGCUUUCUAGAGAGCAAUGUUGAUGUUAUUCGUGCAAAAUUAACGAAGGAUGAUCAAGAUUGCUUAAAUAUCAAGAUGCUUGGCAAACUUUUGCCCUGGUCAAACGAUGCAGUUCGUGGAUACUCUGUAUUUAGUUAUACACAACAGCUGGACCGAGCAUUGGAUGGAUAUCUUCGCGGUCAGCUGGGAAACUGGUCCUCACCUGAUAUGCGCACCCUAGUGGGUGGCAUGCACAGUUUACCAAAAGCUUUCUUCACGUGUAAGAAAGAUCCGUUGGUUUCUGACGAUAUCGAUAUGAAGAAACAAGUUUACAAAAUUCGUUAUCAUUCAUCAUCCUCUCAGCCAAACGACGAUUAUGUCAUUGUAGCCUGCUAUGCAAACUCUCCAGAACCAGAACGUCAAUACACAGCACGGGCUGUAAUCCUCACCACUCAAGUCAAUAUAUUGCGGCAAAUUACUUUUGAGCCAAUCCUACCAACCCAGGAAGACAGGGAGGCCCUCAGAAAGAAUCUUCAAGCCAUUGAAGACAUGUUUACUGGACCAGCCACAAAGAUUUUCCUGCAAACCAAGACCAGAUUCUGGGAAGAGGAGAAGUACGACAUCCAUGGUGGCUUUUCUAAGACCAACCUACCCAUCGGUCAAAUACAUUACGUGAAGCCCGAUCCUGAGUAUCUCGCGUCCACCAAGCAAGGAAUAAUUAUGAGUUACACCUGGAAAAAUGAAGCAUUGCUUUUUGGUUCCCUGACCCAAGAGCAGGCAGAGAAGGAGGUAAUUGAACAAGUUGGAGAAAUUCACCCUGAUAUCAAAGAAGAAGGAGCAGUUGAAAAAUGCAUUGUCCAUGCUUGGUACAACCAACCCUCUUAUCAAGGUGCUUAUGGCAUCUUGAAGACCAUUCAAUUCAACAAUAUCAGAUAUUUGUGGGAACCAAUGGGUAAUGUGCAUUUUGCUGGCGAUAACAUAUCAUUUACCGCUGGCUGGAUUCAAGGAGCUGUGGAAAGUGGCUUUAAAUCCGCUUAUCAAGUUUACGCACGUCACAUGAAGAGAGUUGAGUGCGAAGGGAAAGAUUAA